UAUGCCAACAACAGUUCACCGCUGGUGUAUUUGGCACAUCAUGAAGAAGAUUCCAAGCAAAUUAAACGGGUACAAGGCACACGCCGAUGUCGAACAACAAAUGAGCCAUGUUGUUUGGAACUCUCACAGCAAAGACUCAUUCGAUAGGAAUUGGAACGAUUUUCUGGUGAAUUUUGGUCUUGCGGACAACAAGUGGCUCUCAGAUCUGUACGAAGACCGUCACAUAUGGGUUCCUAUCUAUCUGGACCACCACUUCUGGGCAGGGAUGAGAAGCACACAAAGGAGCGAGAGCAUGCAUUCAUUUUUUAACAAGUACAUCACCCGUAACAGCUCGCUCAUUCAGUUCGUCAAACAGUACGAUAAUUGCCUCGGAAGCAGGGAGCAAGCAGAGAGAGAAUCAGAUGCUGCAGAUUUUCAUACGGUCAUACCAUGUGCAACCAAAUCCCCCAUCGAAACUCAGUUUCAAGAUGCGUACACCCAAGCAAAGUUUAGGGAAGUCCAAGCCCAAUUCAGAGGAAAGGCGAAUUGCAUCACCAGAUUAAAGAAUUCUGCUCUAGGCUAUUCAGUAUACGAAGUUGGAGAACAAGUUUCCAGCUCAAUAUUGGACAAGUUCGCGGUUACCUACGACUCAGUUGCAGCCGAGGUAAAAUGCCAAUGUUUAUUAUUCGAGUCGAGAGGGAUACUGUGCCGUCACGCACUAAGCGUGUUAAGCUUCGAACAAGUAAGCCAAGUGUCCCCUAGGUACAUACUGGAACGAUGGAGCAAGAAGAUAAACCUGUUUGAUGCUGCAUCAGCGGCGCAUUCAAGUAGCAGCCAAUACCAGGGACAAGUUAUAAAUUAUCAGUUCAGGGUACCAGCAGCAGGGGAUAACUCUUUGGGUGUAUAG